GCAGUACUGGUUGGACGCCAUACGAAAACAUUUAGUUCGACAUAACUCUCAAUGGUGGACGUUUAUGAAAUUGUUACUUACAUUUUUAAAGGAGAUCCGACAAAAAGACACAUCUUUGCCAAACAUAUUAGUGGAGCAUACAGCGGAAUGUUUACUGGACCUGGCCACUAACACUCGUCCAGAUGCCUUACAAAAGCAUGAGAUACUUCACUGCUUCAAUAUGUAUUGUUCUGAAUCUAGCCGAGAGAUCAGAUUCGCUAUGAGAAACAAGUUUGGGCAGUACUUCACCAAGUUAUCAACGUACAUGUCAAGUUGUGGCCAUCUUCCGACCCAGUACAGUAUAAUGGAGACGCUCCUACGAUGGCUACUGCCUCGUCAGGACCGCACCCUGAGAAUCACGUCGGCUGCCAAGUGGUUCCCUUCACCAAUGUAUGCUGAGAGCGACGUAGACAUCUUCUUGGAACGACCUUGGGUUAAUUUCUUUCAGGACGCGAGAGACUUCUUGAACGCUCACAACCAAAGAUACGAUUAUACAACAUCAGUUUUAUGCAGAAAGUUCACUGUCGGCAAAAUUGUCAUCAUUUCUGGUACUGAACGCCAAGAAUCGUGGUUGGACAUCAAUUUAGUCAGUAAAUGUGUAUCAGUAUUGUUGGACCCGCGGGUUUUGGAGACCUUCGGCUCGACCAACCACAAGUCCUUUGAAACCCUCGUCGUUACUCAGCAGAAUACUGAAAGCGCUAAAUUACAUAAGGAAUCUGCCCACCUGCUUCUUUCAAUACGCACGACCACUCCGCCCCAAGUCCUACCGUCAAACGUACACCUGGGUGAUGACGUCAGCUGUGACGUCACAGCCGUUCUGACGACCCGUUGUGACGUCACGAGGCUGAACGACGCACUGAGAAAGUUGUUCGAAGAUAAAUAUGAGUUACUAUUGGAUCUAGAAAAGGAAUUGGAACUGUCGCCAGUGAAAAGAACGGAAAAACCAAAACAAUCUAAAGAAACGGACGAAGAUCAGAGGUUCUCGCAUCCAGUUGAAACGAGAAGACGCAAACAUUCAGGUUACAUAGUGAAGCCGCGGCAACCUCUUUCUUGCAUGUCUCCUUCUACAGCUUCAACCAGCUCGUUGGCACAGCUCCACGAAAAACUAGCAGCGUUACCUAGAUACAAAUACGAUAAAGAGCCCGUGAGUGUCUGCGCUCCUCCAGACCUGUCCAUUGUCACUGAAGUCAGUGAAGCUGACGACAGGCAAAGCCUCAACACAACAUUCAAAAGCAAACCUUACGGUGUUUGCUAUAAAAACCUAAAUACACUAGACAACAGAAAAUCCCAAAGCGACCCAGAAUCUUCUAGAAAACAUCGCAGAGGCAGAAGAUUAUCUCCUAUUAUUAACGAAGAUACGACCAGUUGUUUGUUAGUUGCAACUGUCGGAUCAGCUGACGAUUCAGUGAUAAAUGAUACCGUUGAACGCCUGUCAAAAUCUAAAGAUUAUAAUCCCGAUAAUAUCGUUGAUUUGUUAGUCCAAGAGGCUUUACAAGCGAAGCAAGAUGAUAAGUAUAGAUCUGAUAGUGGAAUAAACACUGGAGAUAAGAAAUCUCAAGACCCUCAUGAAAAUACGGACACUAUCGAUGGAACGCCAGAAAUUGAUCAAAUAAAACUGAAAAAGACGAAGCCUAAAGUCAUUUCUUCCACAUCUGAUGAGUCAAAUACAGAAGCUAUAAGUGAAACACCAUGUUUUGUCAACACGCGAAAGAAAAAUAAAAAAGAGACGAAAGAUUCAGCCAAUAAGAAUUCAUUUAAUGAACAAGUGGUAGAAGAAUUCUUUUCACAGCAUGUCGCAGAGAAUAAAGCUGGCGAAAUUGUUAUAAGCCCUACAUUAGCCAAGAAAAUUAAUGAAACUAGUUCCGAAUCUAGUGAUGAUUUUGGCGAUAAUUUCAAUUUAAUAAAUGAAGACCUUGAGAAAGAUAUUGUUCCAUUUGACUUUGAUAAUAUAGAAGUAUUGGAAUGUCUGAAUAAUAUGGUAGAUAGGGUCUGUGAUGAAUUUGAGAAAUGCACUGAGUAUUUGGAUAAAGAUGAGGGCAUUGCAGUAGAUUUGAAUGACACUGUGGAAGAAGAUUUACCUUUAAAAGAUAUAAUAAAUAAAAUACACAACAUUGAGUCUACAAAAGCUGUUACUGCAGAUAAAUCCAGAAAGAAAACCAAAUUGAAAUAUAAGAUCACCCCUAAAAAGGCUAAAGCUCGAGCUUCUAGACGGAAGAAUAAACUUGAACUGGAGUCUACAUCUAAAAUGUCUACUAUAAUUGAAGAUCAGGGUUUAGAGAGUGCAGCUGAAAACGUUGAUAAGGAAGAAGAAACAAUUAAGAGACCUGAAGAAGAUGUAGAAGUACACGAAGUUAAACAAGAUGAUUCUACUAAUAAAGUGGACACAGAAACACCGAUAACGCGAAGAAAACGUAAACUGUAUUCGCCAAAAAAUGAAGAAGUUGCUACAAAGCUAACACAACAUCCUGAAAGUCCAAUUACGUUGGAACAAAAUAAAGUAGAGAAGACGCCUAAGAUGACCGCUACUGCUACGUGCUAUAAAGAAAUUGAGAAAGAACGUAAAAGGCACGUGAGGAUGCGAAAGUCAAGAAAAUCUAAGGUUUCUGAACCACCGUCACCUAGAACUAAAAAAUUAAACGAUAUGUUUGACAAAGUAAAAGAAUCAGCAGACAGCGAAAAAGUCAAGUUAGCUGACAAAACUUUCGAAAAAGACGUAUACAAUUUUACCAGUGAUAGCGAAGAUGAUUUUAAAGUUAAAAAGAUAGAAAUAACUAAAAGAAACAGCACCACAACUAUUGGAAGUUUUGAAUCUACGCUUUCAAAACGCGGACGCGCUGUCAAACGUAUUAAUUACACAGAUAAUAAGUCCUCAGAUGAAAGUAAUAAGACUAAACGGAAGUUUACUAGAAAGACACGAAGUAAGAAGAGAGUCAAUGUCGAGCAAAAUGAUUUGAUUGAUGAAAGAAUGAGGAAAGCUAAAGAUGUACUCAAUACAUCAAUAUUGGUUGAAAAAUCUGAGCAAACAUCAACCAAUCCUAUUUUAAAUCUGGAUAAAGCAAUAGAAAUGGAAAUUAUCGAAGAAAAACAUGGUAAUUCGGGAAGUAAUCAGAAAAAAAAGGGAAAGAAACCAAAAGGUGAAACCUCGGAGUCGAAACGUUCUAAGAAAGUAUUGAAUAAGGCUGUCGUAGAAAAAGUUAGGAACUUUGAUGAUGAUAAUAGAACAGAAAGUCCUUUACCAGGCCUUCUUGUAGAACCAGCCACCACAAUGAAUGAUGAUACCAAUGAAAUAUCUACAAUGGCCGAUAAAUUUAAAAAGAUCUAUCAGGAAGGUCCAGAAAAUUAUAUAAACGAGACUAAUACUACGCAAAAUUUGCUCUCAGACGUUGAAAGACUACGAAAUGAGGAUAUAACUGAUGAGUACAUUGAAAUUGAUGACCAAUUCCAAGGUAAAGAAAUUGAGAUAAAACUAAAGAAAAAUGUGUCUAAGAAGAAGAAAAUGAGUCCUACGUUAAUUAGAAAUAUUAAGAAAGAGAGAAUAUCAGAGGCAAGAGAAAACAAAGAAAAUGUCGAAGUAAUUAAUAUAUUAGAGGAAACUGAGGAUAAAUCGGAAAGAUCUAUAGCGACAAUCGGUAUUACGGGGCACGGAGAGCUGGACGAAGAACCACCCAGUCCAAAACUUAUAAACGAGAGACUAGAGCCACGGAAUUUAGAAGUAGAAGACUUAAACAACUCUAUGAAAGAUUACUUCGACAAACUCACUAAAGAAAUGAACGAAUCUAACAAUAGAAUCUCUAACGUUUCGAACGAAGAGGAUGUUUGUAAAACUAGUGUGAAAACCAAGAGUAGUGGUAGUGUUAAGAGCAAAUCUCCUGUACUAUCUAUUAAGAGAAUGUCUUCCGAAGAUAUCAGUCGAUGGUUACCUUCAAGACGCAAUUCUGAUUCAGAUGACUCUUACUCUGAUACCAAAUCUAACAAAAAUGCAAAUGAAGAAACCGCUGUAGCGAUUAUUGAGAGUCGAAGAGGAGAUGAUGAUGAUAUUGAUAAUGAGAUCGCAGAAGUCAAUACAAAGAGACAAUCAAUGAGAUUAAUUUUCAAAAACUCACAACCGGUUAAAAUUAGCGACAGUGCGGAAAUUAAGGAUGAUUCUGAUUCGGAGAACGAACACGAGACGCCAAAACGGAGUGGUAGACUUAAGGCUAAAUCGAGACUACAAGAAUCUACAAAAAAACCUAAAUCUCUAGAUAAGCCAGUUACAAAAGUUAAAACUAAACACACAUCAUUAAUAUCCCCGAUAAAGCUCUUCGAUGAAUUAAUAAGUACUGCGGAUAAACAGUCAGAAAUUACUCUCUCCGACGACGAAGAUUAUAUGAAAGAAAUAAUAACUACAUUGGCUGAGAAAAAGAAAACAAAUGUUCCUAGUACUAAACCUCAAAAACCUAAAGCUAAAUCAAUAAGUCCAGUUUCAAGUCAAUCGAAGAUAAGUACGUCUACUAAAAUAGAAGAUUCUAGAAAAAGGAGAUUGGAGGCAGAAAGAGUUGAUUUAUUGAAGAAAAGAAAGAUAGAAAUGAAUAAUAAUGUAGAAUUACUAUCGAGUGGAGUGACGGUGUCUAGCGUUGAUGAAUGGUUCAAGAGGAUCGAACCGGAGGGUAGCAGAGCUGAAAUGAUAAAUUCGUCGAUGAGGAAUAGCUUGCAGGAUGUGUUAGAGAGAUUGGAUACCACCCUUGUUGAGAUACACAGGAAUACCAGUAAGAAAUUCGUGCACCUAUUCGUGAAUGCUCAGCAGCAGUUGCAUGCACUAAAGGAACGCCGACAGAGCAUGUACAAGCAGCUGGCGUCCGAUAUACUCAGCGAAGUCGUCAAGAUUAUGGAUGCAAAGUUUGCUGAUCUAGAUGAAAGAUCACAAGAACUGGACGGCAAUUUCAUGAAACAACUCAAGGAGCAGGCUUCAGAGUUGAUUAGAGAAGAUUGCAAGCAAAAACGAGUGAUGGUUCGUCUGCUGAAGGAAGAUGUUCAAGCUGUCGUCGACCACUUGGAGAAGCAGGCUCUCUGACUUCAA